GGGAUUUUUUAACUUCUCAAGGUCGAACCGGGAGGGCGAGUGUUGACCGUAGUCGGUUUGUUAUGGCUGAGUGUGCCGUGGCCACAGCAAAAGCAAAUGUUAUGCUCUAUGAUUCGAAGGCUAGUACUUGGAUCCCAAGUGGCCCAGGACAUGGCAUUUCCAAAGUUCAACUAUAUCACAACACGUUAACUAAUGCCUAUCGAGUUGUUGGAUGGAGGUUACCAGAUCGUGAGGUUGUUAUUAAUUGUGCCAUUGCACGUGGGUUAAAAUAUCAUCAAGCGCGUCCAACGUUUCAUCAGUGGCGUGAUAGUAGACAACAAGUUUACGGCUUGAAUUUCACAUCAGUUGAAGAAGCAGAUGCAUUUGCUGCCGCUGUUAAAUCAGCCUUAGAAAGUCUAGCUACACUACAUUGUCAACAGGUUUUACAAGCUCAACAACAACAAUGUAAGCCUCCUGUCACUUAUGAUCAGUUGGUAUCAAAUGAAACAACUACUACUAUUAAUCAAGAUAUGCAACUAAACCAAUAUCAACAAUCAAAAUACCAAGUACCAAAUCAGCAGCUAUCAUCGAAUCAACAAGUAACUAACUAUACCAAUAAUAACAAUCAGGCAUAUUCUGCACAACCUACGGGAAUAUUAGUCCAAAAUCGUCAGAUUUCAUCCUCUGACAUAACUGAACCAACUGAAAGUUACACCGAUCAGAACAAAGCAUUGUCAUCAUCGGCAUUAUCGAAUCAGCAGUCUGAUCGAGACACUUUAUGCAAUGAUUACAAUGAGGCAAUUGUGAACAGUGUAAAUAAUAUUAUUUUAAGUGAUAAUCAGAAUGUCUACCCGGGUUAUACAACAACAUGUAAAACUAAUACCUCUAGUCAUCAGAAUACUGAAAUUUCACGUCUUAAAUCAUCAACGGAACAAAAUGUAUCCGCGAUAAAUGGUUGUUCAAUGAAUGGUAAUACAGAACAUGGUGUAAAUUGUGAUUCACCGUAUUAUUCAUCUUCAGACGAUAGUGUACGUAAUCUUCGUGGUCUGCCUAAUGGAUCCAAUGAACCUCAUGUGAAUCCAACUUCAUCCGUGACGUUGAACGCUUCCAAUUUUCCCAAUAACAAUGUUAAAUUAUUAGGUGGGAAUUCAGAUGAAUCUUCUGUUAUUACCAGAUCUCUUUCACCAAAUCAAUGCACUUCAAUUAAUAAUACCAAAUCCCAACAAUUGAUUCCCGCUCCACCACCACCGCCGCCACCACCUCCCCCGCCUCCUCCACCCCCACCAAUGGCUAAUAUAGCUGGGUCGAAAAAUUGGCAUCAAAAUACCACAACAACAAUAAGUAAUAAACUGUCAGGUUCACAGUCUGCUGCCGAAAAUUCCGAUACUAGUGACCAUGAUAGUGUUGCUGAAUCUGGUAGUUUAGAUGCUCAAUUACGUAUGGCCAGACAGCAACGUAUUCGUGCUGCUUCUGUUGCUGGUCUAGGAUCUUCUGAUUUUGCACCAACUAUUUCUGGCCCACGUACUCAUGGUGUAGAUAUGAUGACUGAUCUUCAACGUGUUUUGGCAGCACGUCGACGUGCUAAGGAAGCUGAAGAGGAUUCGAAUGCUACAACUGGCGUUAUUUCUACACCAAGUAAUAACACUUCGACAUCAACAACAUUUAGUAACUCAAAUAAUGAUCUACCAACUCCUAGUUCUCCUGUUCGUUCACAUUCUGUCAUAACAAACGCGUUUCAAGGUCAGAAUUCUUCCACAAAUACUAGUUCAUCCAUAGUACCUGGUUAUGCUACAUUACGAAAAGUUUCCAGUCCAUCUUUGGAUUCAACAACAAUUAAUUCUCUAUCCAACUCUUGUUCAACUAAUAAUUCCAAUAGUGGGAGUACAACAGUAAAUCGAGCUGAUUUAGAAGCAUUUAAACGUGAAUUAAUAUCGGAAUUUCGUCGAGAAGUUCAACAAUUAAAAAAUGACGUAAUCGAAGGUGAUCUUGACUUUUUUUUAGUGAUAUAUAGGUUACAUUUAAUUACUAUUUGAGAAUUUGUAUUUUUGAUUGAUUAAUAUCUUUGGAAACAAUAGCUAAUUAGCGUUUAUUUAUUAUUUGGUAGAAAUGCUUUACCUUUAAGUACAAUAUCAAGUUAGUGUACAUAAAGUUUGUCUGGUUAUUUACUCAAAUAUCAUUCACUAGCCUUCAUCGCUGAUACAUAUGAUAACGCUAAUUUUAUACACCUUGUCAAUAGUGAGUUGUAGAGGUAAUCAUCAAAAAGAAUCCAUGAAUAAUUUAGUUCCGACAUAUCGGGUAUGAGACGAUUAUCCACCACAAGUAAUGCAAGAAGAUCACGCAGUAUCGCCAAAUGGUUGAAAUCAAAACAUGGGUCGUGGCUAACUCGCCAGCACGAGGGUCUUGGGUUCGAUUUCCUUUGAAGCAGUGGAUGUGCACUGUUCAGAAGAAAUUACUGUACAAUGCUUUCUGGUUCUCAAUAAUGGUCUAAAUAAGAUGAAUGUGUGAUAUAUUCCAUGAAAAUUCCCUAUACGUGAAAAUUGUACAUAAUUGCCAUUCUUCUGAUUAUUGGUUUUACGUAUUUCUAUUCUCUUUUCGUUUUUCUUUUAGCUCUUCGUGCAUCUUCUGUUCGAAAUUGUUAGUUGAACUAUAAUGAACCACUGAUUGAUGAUCAUCCUCAACAUCUUCAUCGAUUAAAUGAAAUGUUUGUUCGCUUACCUUUUUUCUUUCUCUUGUUGUUUUGUUUUCUACACUUUGACUGUCCUUUCUCCAUAUUUGAUCAAAUAAUAAAGAAUAUUAUGAAUACAAAUGAACAAUGCUCACCUAACAUUCCAUAGUGUUGAUAAUAAAUAGCCUGUUGAAAUUGUUCUUUGGUGUAGAUCAUCUUAAUGUUCUGUCUAUUUAUAAUGAACACAUUAUACUAUUAUUAUUAUUUGUAUCAGCCAACAUAUUGUGCUUCUGCUAAAACGUCAUUUUGGUAAUGAUAGACAAAGUUGAUUUGGCAUUGUUGUUGCCCUGAUUUCUGGGCUACGUAUAUUUGUGUGUGUGUGUGUAAGUCUGUGAGUAUAUCUGUUCAACUUACUUAUAUACAAAUGACGCACUACCCCUACUGGUACGAUUUACUCUGAUAUAUGCAUUUCAUUGUUAUCCUGUAGUUGUUGCUCUCGUUUUUUCCCAUUUCUUAUUGUAUAAUGCAGAGUUGUUUGCUUAACUUUUCUCUGUCUCUGUUGAUUCCACUUAAUAAUGGUAUGUUUUCUACGAUGAUAAUAAUGAUUAUAACAACAUUUUAAGUGAGGAACUGUUAAAAUAGUUAAGAAUUAUUCAUUUAAAAACCUGAUUUAUACUUUGUUUGUUCUUUAUUUGACUUCAUUUAAGUCAAUGUUUACAUUUUAUUCUCUAUUUGUCAAUUUCUUUCUUUUAUUAUAAAAGUUGCCUAAACUCGUAUAUAUUGUUGUUUUGUGAUCUAUGCACACACUAACCUCCAGUCACAUUUUGUGUAUUUUCACUUACUAGGUUUUCAUCAUUUGUAAUGUAAUUAAGUAAAUCAGUACUUUUUAUAAAUGUUUCUAUGUAUAAAUCUGCACUUGGUAUGUGCACAUGUGCUUUUGUAAUGUUUCCGUUUGAAUGAGACAACAGAUGAAAUAUUUUUGCUGAGUUCUUCUUUCAUUUUGUUAUUGGCUUCUCUCACUUUUUGUUUAUGGUAUUUCAGAUAGUUGGUUAAUAGACAACAAACUGUUCAUUUCAUUAUAUUUACUUCAAACUAGAAGCAUUUCAUUUAUCUCUCUUAUUCUCUAUGCAUCAUCUGUAGUGAUUCUUAUCUUUAAGAUUUUUGAAGACCGGUUUACAGAUAUACAGUAUAGUAUUAACUGCCAUCAUAGUCAAUGCUUAUCAUCAUUAUUAUAUUUAAUACUUUUCGUAAAACAAAAAACAUUGCGUUUAUUACAGCUUACGAUUGUUAAUUUGUUACGAAAACUGAAUACUUUUUUUCUAGGUUGUUCUUCCUAUCAUCAUAAAUUAUCCAUUUGAUAUACGAUUUAGUGUGUUUGUGUGUGUGUAUAUGUGAAUUAUUUAUUCUAAUUACCAUAGUUCACUACAGUGUCCUAUGUUUUUGUUUUUUUCUUUUUGAUGAGUAGCUCCCAACUCUUUCUUUUCUUCUUCUUAAUAUCUUGUUUCUUUUCUGGAUAUUAUUAUUUUCUAUAAAAGUAAAACUAUAUUGCAUUUCAUUACAAUUUUAUGGCGUAACCACACAUUCUGAUGAGAUUUCUCUUUAUCUCUAUUAAAAUGUGUAGAACUCUUUGUUACUUAUCAUUGUUGCUAACAUCGGUAUUAUUUUAUCGUUUACUACUUCAUAUAUAUAUCAUUAUUCUACUGGUGGAUUUUCAUUGUUUUUUUCAAAGUAUAUUCCUAACACCAUAUAGAAUGAUACUUCAACUCGUGUUCUUUUUUCAUUUGAAUAAACGUAGUUGUAACAAC